CCAAUCAAACAAAGAAGGCACGAGCUUUUGCAAACAGCUGCUGAAGCCUCGUCAGCAGUAGCAGGUCUGUGCAAAGUUGGGGAGGAUCAAGCAACGUUGUUGCAGAUCAGACUUCGCUGAGAGCUGCAACAGCAGCAGCAGCGUUUCUCUUGCGGGAUCAACCCGGAUCCCUGCACGAAACAGCUAAGGUCGCAAUCCUGAACACGCUUUAUUUAGGAAGCCAGCUCCGUUGAAGGUUGUGGGACCUUACCUUCUGCGAGUAAGCAUGCCCAGGACUGCUUUGCGCGCCUGGCAGGCGUAGAGAUCGUGAGGACUGGGAGAAUCGUUUUUGGUUUAGAGCAGGUUCUGUGUGUACUGAGUGAACGCUGGAUCAGCUCUGUCAACUCCUGUUCCAAUGGAUGAUAGAAGAUCCAUCUUCACUACGGCAGAGGGAUCUUCAGCUGUCCUUCUGCUUCCCUCUUGCUUCUCUUCUAAGGGAGACAUGUAUGCCUAAAAUGCAUGGAUGCUUGUUUCACAUAAGUACCAAUGGCCAGCUCAGUAGGCAGUUUUCUCUGUUGCUUUCAGAAUCGAUUUCAUCUCCGGAGCACCUGUGUGGGGCCAGUUCCUAAAAGAUGAUGCCGCUGGAACUCUUGAGCUGCAGCUCCUUUUGAUGUAGGAAGCUACACCAACUACUUUCCUGGUGCCAUCUUGCUCAGUUGGUUUGCUGCUCCCGCAACAUUUACAUCGGCAGAUCUGUGGCUCAUGUGGUGCUGGCGUAUCCUGGCUUUGGUUGCGUUUUUAAAACAGCCCGCUUACUUGCAAUGUAGCUGCCAGCAACACCAAAGACCACCAUGGGUCGCUUAAAUGACCAGGCCAAGAAACGCAUUGUGGAGUUGCGCAAGGCCGGUUUGAGUUUCCGCAAGAUCAAAAAGGUGCUGGAGCUAGAUAACAUCCGCGUCACCCCGCAAGCCAUCUACCUCUUCCUAAAGCGCAAGAAUGUGGAGCCCAGCCCACCGCCACCCCCAGCUUCCCGUCCACUGCCGCCUCUCGAGAAGGGAAGCCAGAAUACUCUUAUGGGCCAAGCUGGUUGGGAGGAUGACCAGCUCUGGAAGCUACUCCAGGAAAACGAAGUUGAGCACCAAAAUCCAAGAGAUGGUGGCUGCCCUGCUGGAGUUGGCCCAAGCAAUGAGAUGCCACCCCAUUGUAAUGACCAACAAGACAGCAAGGGCGGCAUCAAGAUUGUCAGUGUGACCUCCCUGAGCAUAGAUGGGGGGCAGUUUGGGAAGCAGAAUGCCGCUCAAGGUGGCCUUGCUGUGGGAUCGCAGCUGGGCCCAAGUCUUGGUGACAACUGCCCCCUGCCAAAAGCUUCCAUGUCGGUUAGUUGCUCAGCUCCAGUUCUACCUGCAGCCCCUCAACCUAAUACAAACGGCAAAGGGAAAGUAUUUCUGCCUCCCGCUAAGAAUCCUGCCUUAAUCGUGAAGAGGAAGAUAGUAGGCCGCGCUAUCCAUCUCCAGAAAAAGGCAAACGUCCAAAAUGGGCAGACUCUGUGUAGUUCUACACCUGCCCUGCCCUUUAUGCUGCGGAUACCACCAACCAGUCAUUCUUCCAGGGAGAUGACCCCUGCCGUGACUGCAUCUCUUGGUUGCAGUACACAGACUAAAGAUGCUGUUACUCAGACUUCCACAUUUAACCCCAUGAACUCUGCAGCCCAUCAAAAUGCUCAGUGGGGAGGUCAGACGGCUCCUGCCGCCAGCUCUCAGCCCCUAGCGGAGAAACUGGACACGGUGCACGCUGAGCUCCAGAAACUUGCGCAAGCCAUGCACGUGGUUUUGGAGCGCCAGUGUCGGCUGGAGCGCCAGCAGGAGCAGCAGCAACGCUUCCAGCAGGAGGUGCUGAUGACACUGCAGCAGCUCAGUUCCACCAUCAGCCAGGGCGCCGUCCCCGCCAACCCACCCUGCGCGCCUUACGGAAACUUGGCCGACCCCUCUCCACCUUUGCCGAAUUUCAGCCAGUUCAAGAUGGAACUGAUCUGAUCACUCGUGGGGAGACGGCAGCAGAGAAAAACAAAGGGGGCAUUUUCAUGGUCCACGGCUUCUGUGCGCUUCGCCUGGCUUCCAUCUUCCUGGCACCCACGCCCUAGCCGCUGCCUGCUCAAGAGGCCCUGCCUGUAGAAGAUGCUGAAAUGACAGGGGGAAAGGGGUUGGGAAUUGUUUUCUUUCCUUUCCCCUCUCAUAAUACUAGAAAACUCUCCCCCCCCCUCUCCCCCCAGGUCAUCCAAUGAAGCGGAGUGGUGGCAGAUUCAGCACAGAUAAAAGGAAGUCCUCCUGUUAAAUUUGCAACUGCCGGGUGUUGGGAUGGCCACCAAUUUGAAUGGCUUUAAAAGGGGGUUGGAUGAAUUCCUGGAGGAAAAAGCUAUCAAUGGCUACUAGUCCUGCUGGCUCUAUGCUACCUCCAGUAUCAGAGGCAGUAGGCCUCUGUAGACCAGUUGCUGGGGAACAUGGGCGGGAGGGUGCUGUUGCACUCCUCUCCUGCUUGUGGGUUUCCUGUGAGCUGCUCUUUGGUCACUGUGUGAACAGAAUGCCCGACUAGAGACGGCUUCGGUCUGAUUCAGCACGGCUCUUACGUCCUCAGUCAUGCUAGAAUGUUAAUGGGCAGCUUCCGGCCUUGCCGCCAUCUCCACUCAACCAGGACGGUGGGAAAUAAUGUGCAGGUCUUAUUUUUUUGGCAUAGCACUAAGACUUAAAGGACUUUAUAUAAAUAUUACGAAUGUCCCAAGGAAAGCCUUUAUCACUGCUGUCGACGGGUGGCAACGUAUGAACAGCGGAGGUCGUGCUUGGGGAACUCUAGUCUGGUGAUCCCAAAACUACAGGUCAAAGGAAUCAUUCACGUGCCGUAAGUUGGGCAGAAAUGUGCCUUGGAUAAAGUAAGCUAUGUUGGCGACCUCCCCCACUCCCUGUGCCCAUCAGAGUGUAAAUUUCUUCCCUCUUUCCCAAAUGUGGACAGUGGGACCACCUCCCAUUUUAAUUGAGAAAUUUGAUUCAGAGGGAGACAGUGUGGUGUAGUGGUUAGAGGGUUAGACUAGGACCUGGGAGAGCUGGGUUCUAGUCCCUACUCUGCCUUGAAGUUCAGUGGGUGACCUUGGGCCAGUCACUGACUCUCAGCCUGACCUACCUCACAGGGUUGUUGUGAGGAUAAAAUGGAGAGGACCACCACCGUGUAAACUACCUUGGGUUCCUUGUAAACGGGGAAAAGACAGGUUAUAAAUGUAAUUAAAAAAAUAAAAGGCUCUCCUAGUGACAUA